ACGAAAUGUUGCGAUUACUUACAUAAAUUUGCUAUAAUAUGUUGUGUUGCCAAUAUAAACUAUACGUCAAAGUAGUGCAUAUGUAGUUAUGUAUAUUCGUAUUUUUUUAUUCAUUUAGCAUAUUUUUUUAAUCAAAGGACCAUUUUUAUACGUAUUAAUCAUAAUAGUUGUUUGUAAGUUUCUACUGUAUAUGUUUAAUCGACUUUAAAAACAAUGUGACUAAAUAAACAAUUUUUUAUAUUUUGAUAAUCAAUGUCUGUAUCCAUAUUGAUGUAAAUAUUAUUUUAUCCGAACUAAGGUUAUAAAAAUGAUGAAAAUAUCUGCUUUAAAUGAAGAAUCACAUGAAGAAAGUGAGGAAGAAAAUACCUCAUCAAUUACAAAAGAAGCACAAGAACAAUUAGCUUUAACAGAAUAUAACAAAGCCUUACAAUUAUUAAAAGAAAACCAAUUAAAUGAUGCUCUUAACAUUCUUAAAGAUCUUGUUGAAACAGAAUUAUUAGAUCAAGUUGAAAAACCAUUAGUACCAGAUGGCAGAACAAGACCAAUGUUAUCAUUGAAAUAUUGCUGUUACAAAAAUAUUGGAAGUAUUUACCGAAAAAUGGGUAAUUAUGAAGCCGCAAUAGAUAAUUAUUGGGAAGCAGCAAAUCUUGAUGAUUCAGAUGUUAUGCUGUGGUAUACGAUGGGUGUGCUUUCUAUGAAAACUCUCAAUUUAGAAUUUGCUUGCUCUGCAUUUAAACAAGCUCUCAAUUGUAAUUCUAAUCAUUGGCCUUCAUUAGAUAAUAUUAUCACAGUAAUGUACGCUAUUCCGGAUUAUAUGAAUUGUUUAUUAUAUAUAUCUAUAGCGUUAGAACGUGAUCCUACUUACAUCAAAGGAUUAAUAUUUCGAGAGGAUAUAUUCAAAAAAAUUCCACAUUUUGAGGAAAGUUAUAAACUUUUUAAUGUAGAUUGGACGUUAGAUCCGCCAUUAAUGACUGAUUUUGAUAGAAUCUUAGGUAAUGAAUUAUUAGCUGAAGCACAAGAAAUAGCUGAUAAAUGGAUAGAUAUUUGUAAAUCUGAAUUUCUUCAUAAAUCAUUGCCUGAUCUUACUGUAAAUGUACCAUUAAAAAAUUACACAUGGCUAGAGUUGGGAGAAUCUUUGAUAAAUAUGUACGAAUAUAUUGUGAUAAAUAAUUUUAAUUUUGUCAGUAAAAUUCAUUUAGAAAUGGAUAAAACUGAUGAUAAAAAAUUAAAUCCAACUCCAUUAGAUAAAGAAAUUAAAGUUGAGAAGACUAUUGAAAAUACAAUAGUUAAUCUAGAUACAAGUAAGGAGAAUGAUGAAAUGAUGAUUGCAAAUAGUGAUGUAGAAAUUGAAAAUGUAGUCAAUGUUAAUAGUGAAAACUUGAAAGAAGGAAUCGGAAAUAAUCACAUGAAUAAUUUAUCAAAAACUGAUCAAUCUUAUUUAGAACAAAUUCAAGAAAAUAAUAAAUCAAGUCCUGCACAUCAAAUGGACAUUGAUGUAAAUAAUGAUAAUGAAUCAAAUUCAUCAGAAGUGCGUAUCAUAGAAAUUGAAGAUCCAUUAAAAAUUGAUUCAUUUGAAUUAGAAGAUUUUGGUCAAUUGGAAAAUAAACUGAGUGAAAAUAUUAAUAACAGUAACAAUAAUAAUAUUUCUAUGCAUAAUAGUAAUAAUAAUGAUAGCAGUAGUAGUUGUAGCAGCAGUAAUAGUAGUAGUUCAAGUAAUAGCAGUAGUAAUAGUAAUGGUAUCAACAAUGAACGAAGUAAAUUGAUGGAAAAUGAUUCUGAGAUAAUUAAAUUGUCAGGUGAUGAAUGCCGUACAUUUAUUGAUAAAAUGACUGAUAUAAUAGACAAUAAAGUCAAUAAAAAUGAUGAAACAUUCGAAAAAUUUAAGGCAGAAACCAGUAUCGAUGAUGAUGAAGAAAAUGAUGAUGAUGAUAACAAUAAUAAUGAUGAUGAAGAUGAUAAUGGAAAUGAUGGUGAUGAUGAUGAUGAUGAUGAUGAAGAUGAAGAUGACGAUGAUGAUGAUGAUAUUAACAAUGAUGAUAUUAUCAAAAUAAGUGAUACUGAUAAUGAUAAUAUUGAAAAUAAUCCACGUCAGAAUAUUUUAAUUGAUGAUAAUGUAAAUAAUGUUACUACUACUACAGCAGUUACUGCAGCAGCUACAACAACAACUACUACUAAAUCAACUGAUGAUGCAAUCAAAGUUCAUAAAGAUGGGCAACAAAAAGUGAAAAAAAGACGUAGAAGUUCAUUAUGCUUUUUACAACAAUGGGCUUGGAGUAGUAGUAGUAUGAGAAGAUCAGCACGUGUUCGAGGUUCGAAUAAACGUGAAAUGGAACGAGAAGAUAUACAGCUGGAAGAAAUAAUGAGAAGAUUAUUUCCACAAAAUUUAUUACCAGAUACUGCUAAAAUAAUUCGAGAUGAUCCAUCAAAGCAUGUUGAUGAUUCCAUGGAUACGAUGGAUCUUUACCAAUUAUUUGCUAGUCAAGAAAACAAUCAUACUGAUAACAAUCUUUCAAAUGAUGGUAAUAUAAAUGGAAAUGAUGAUAAUAUUGAUGAUGGUAGUAAUAAUAAUAGUAAUAAUUUUAAUAAUGAUUUUAAAAAUAAGAAUAAUGGAGUGAAAGGUAGUCAUGAUGGAAAUGAUGUGACAAAAAAUAUUGAUGGACAAAAUGAAACACAAUACUUUGGUACAGAUAAAGAAAAAAAGCAAGUUAUGUCUUUUAUAAAUGAACAUAGUGGUAAAAGCAAUAUUAUGGUAAUUAUUGGUAAAAUGACCGAAUUAUUAUCCACUAAAUGGAAUCACGAUUGGCCCAAUAAAUUAACUGAUGUGUAUCAAAGAUUAUAUAUAUUUACAAGGAAACACAUUCCUCACAAUAAUGAUAUUUUAUUCUGUAAUAUUGAUGGCACAGAUAGUCACAAAGAAGAUGCUAUUUUAAAUUAUGACGCAGAAAUGACAUUAUUAUUCAUUGAACUUUAUACUGAUAAAUGGUUAGAUAGUAAAUCAGAUAUUUUAGUAAAUUCAACAAUAGAUAAAUUUGGUAUUGGGCUACCUACAGAAGAACUUGGUUACAUUAUUUUUUCUAGUAUUUAUUAUGAUGACGAAAAUUUAUCGAAUAGUAUUGAUAAUUUAUUAUAUUUAUUACGUGUUUUGUGGGUUAAAGCAAACAUAUUUUUGUGUCAAGGUGAAAUUAAAAUGGUAAUUAAAACUUUGGAAUUAUUGAUUGAUUUUAUGGAAAAAUAUCAAGAUGAAUCAUCACAUGAGUUAUCAAUUAAAUUACCUCAUUGUAAAUAUAAUUCUCAAAUAACAUUGCCAAUUGUUAAAAAGAGAUUGAUGUCGAUAGAAAGAAGUGAAAAACUUGGACAAGUUGAAAAGCUUUAUGAAGAGAAAAAGUUUUAUGAAUUAUCUCUAAUUCUUAAGGAUACAUUCAAAUUUAGUAAAUCAGCUAAUAAACAACAAAAUGAUAAUGAAAUGCAAACAACAUUAUUUUUAAAUAAUAUGAAAUUAAAUAAUAUUGAUCGUACAAAACAGUUUUCCAUGCUACUUGAAAGUUUAUGGCAGCUAGAACAAUAUGAAGAAUGCUAUUCAUGGAGUGAAAUUUGCCUUUAUGAAUCAUGGCAAUAUUAUAGUAAUAAUUAUAGUAAUAAUUCUUCCUGCGAUGUAAUUGAUAAGAAAAAGUGGUCCUCAAGUAUUUUAAAUUGUUUAGAAAAAUUAGAAUUAUGUGUCGGAAUGACUGGUACAUCAGUAUCGAGAUAUUUGCCUGAUUCAAGAAUAUCACGAUUAGUACAAACAUUAAUUCAAAUAAUUUGUCAUCAAUUAGAUGUACCGGAAAAUACUAUUGAAAUGCCACUGGAAACAGUUACACCAUGGAUAAUAUUACAUCAUAUUCUUCAAUAUCAAGAUGAUAAAGAGCGUGCUGUUCGUUCACGUAAUGCACAAAAGUAUAAAAAUAAAAAACAUUUAUCAAAAAAAAUAAAACAAAAACCGCCUCUAUCGUCAACACCAAUUUUUAAUGAAAAUUCAACUGAAAAUGUAGAAAAUGGAGUUGCUUAUGAGUCAGAUUUAGAUUCUUCAACAACUACUGUUGAAUCUAAUACAGAUAAAGAUAAUAAUGAUAUACCAGCACCAAUGAUGAUUUUAUUUAUUGGUCACGAUUUUUUAGGUCGCCAUUCUUGGUGUUGCAUUGAUGAAGCUAAAUUAUUAUUAUUCACAAUUAAAACUGUAAUACCUUGUAUGGUUAGUACACGCUUCACUAGGAUACGUGAAAAAAUAAAUAAGCAUUUAGAGCAAAUAUUUUGGUGUUUAUAUGGCCAUCCAAAUAGAACUAAUAAAACAAGACCAAAACAUUUAGAAGAACAUGGAGUUCCACAAAUUCCAUUAACUUGGGAUAUUGCUCAAUUAUUAUUUGAAUAUUAUAAACCUGAUAUAUUACCAGAAUUUGAUACACCAAAACCAAUGUCAAUCACAGCAGAUAUUAAAAUAUUAUUUAAGAAAAUAAAUUCAUUAGUACCUCCAGAGCAUGAUCCUAGUGGAAUGAUAGAACAAAUAACAGGAUAUAUUGUUGGUGAUAUAGAAGAAGCACCAACAGUUGCCAAACCAUUGCCGUAUCAAGUAGAAACACUUUACUAUCUCCUUGGUGAUUAUUCAUUUAAAAAUAAUAAUUGGUCAUCUGCAACUAAAUAUUAUACUAUGGAUGUUUGUUUACACCCAAAUGCUGUUAAUUCGUGGGCAGCUUUAGCAAUGUCUGUUAGUACAUUAAUUGGAUCUUCUUUAAAUAAUUGUAAACCAAUCACAGAUGCAAUGAAAUUGUUGUAUCAAGCUAAAGUAGCACAAUGUUGUUAUCAACGUGCUGUUGAACUUAAACCUGGUCAUAGUGUUAUUUGGAUUGAAUAUGGUAAUUUCGUUUAUAUGGUACAUUCAUUUUGUUCACGAUUGUUAAAACAAGAAUCAGAUACUCUCUCGAUGGAAAAAUUUUCUAUUUUAGAAACAAGAAAAGAACAAACUCUUGAAAUUGCAGCUAAUUGUUUUGUAUCAGCAAAUCGUAUAUAUCUUGCAAAUAUUGAUGACACUCCUGAUAUGCUUGAUGAACGAUGGUUGUUUUAUUAUAUGCUUGCAAAAAUAGCUGAGAAAAAAAAUAGUAAUCCUACUGUUUUUCUACAACAUUAUGCUACAGCUAGUGAAUUAUUACAUAAAAAUAAUGCUCAUUAUCCUAAAAAAAUAAGUCAUAAAAAUGCACACUAUUUGUCUAUUGAAGCACUUGAAGUUCAUUAUCGCAUACAUGCGAGUAUUUUAAAAUAUUUUGAACAACAUGAUGGUAAACCUUUAAAAAAAUCAUUGGCUCUACUAUUUCUUAAGUAUUUAUUAGACUGUGCUAAUGGACCUUUUAUGCAAUUUCAAUCGAAAUUAAGUAAAAAUAAAUAUCGAGAUGAAAUUGUGUCAGAUGUAGGGUCAAUAGCAAUGACGAAAACGUAUCAAGAUAAAAUUUUAUCCAAUAACGAAAAUAAAAAUUUUAAAAAUCAACUCAAUGAUGCUAAUUCGUCCAAAAAAUUAACAAUAUCAGAUAAUAAAAUACAACAACCACAAAAUCAAAACCUUGGCGAUGAUAUUAUUGUUAUUGCUUCAUCUAAUAGUAAUAAUAAAAAUACAGAUUUAAAUAAAUCUAAAAGUGAUAAUAUUAAUAGCAACAAGAAAAGAACAAGACCGUUGAAUGAAAAUUCACCAUCUGAUGAUUAUCCAAAAAGGAUAAAACUUGGUAAUGUCUCGCAUAUUGAAGUAAUGCAAGAUGUACUAAGUUUUAUUGAUGAUUUAAUUUCAAAUGUUUGUAAAAUAGUUAAUCCAAAGCAGAAUGAUGAAGAGCAAAUAAAUAACGAACAGUGUAUGAUAAUUUCAAGUGAUGAAAAUGAAGAGAAUAAUGAAUAUAUUAAUAAGGCUAGUUUAGGUAAUAAAGAUGAACAAUUAUUGUUAGAUGAUCAUGAAAUCCAAUUAAUCAGUGAUAAGCAGAAAGUGUUGAACAGUAAUCAAGAUGUACACAUUAUUGAUGAACAAGCAGAUAAAUCAGCUGCUUAUUCAACUAAUAAUAGAGACAAGCACGUGAAAGAUGAUAAGUAUGUAUUUGAUAAAAAAAAGACACAAGUAAAUACUGUGAAAGAUGAUGCAACAAUGAGUCGUCGUGGUUCACAAGAAAGUACCACAACAACAUUAACAACAACAACUAAUGACACAAACAAUUCUAGUUUCAGCAGUAGUGAUGAGUCUAGUAGCAGUGAGGAUAGUUCUGAUACCGAUAGCUCCAGUGCAGACAGUGACAGUGAAUCCGGCGAAAGUGAUAAUGAUAAGAAAAAAAUUCAAAAUCAAACUAAUGAAAAGGAAAAAGUCGAUGAUGAAGAAGAUGAUGCGACAGAGGAAGAAGUAGCUAGAUUAAUAUCAUAUUGUCUUGCUGGUUUAGAACAAUGUGUUUUACGUUUUCCUGAGCAUUAUAAAUCAAUUUAUCGGCUGUGCCAUUUUUAUUUCAAUCAUAAAUCAAGUAAAGAUAAUGCCAAAUGUCGUGAUCUAUUGUUGGGAACUUACAAGUGUCAAUAUUAUACUGGAUUAAACUUUCAAGGACUGUUUGCCGAUCGUAAAAGUACCAACUUUUUUAAUGGUGUAUGGCGAAUUCCAGUUGAAGAAAUCGAUCGUCCAGGAAGCUUUGCAUCACACAUGUCAAGAUGUAUUACAUUAUUACUUCAGGUUCUUAAAGAAACAGAGGAUAGUCGAACUUUAAUGGAGCUAUGUAUUCAACUUCGUAAAACUCCAGAUCCUGAUAAAAAAUAUGUUCGAGAUUCAGAACGUGAACAGUUAUCACGCCAAGCAUACACACUUUGCUUACAAUCUCUACGUACACGAGUACAAACUAUGGGAUUGCCAAAUCUUGAUGAUAACAUGUCUCUUGCUAGAAAUGAUCCUAGAACUCGAAUUCUUCUAGAUGUUUAUAAAAUUUAUCAACAAGUACAAAAGCAUUUCCAAGGGAAAGAAGUUCAAGCUUUUGCAACAUUACUCGUUGAUACUUAUAAAGUAUACAUAAAUUCUAAAUCAUCGGAAGGAAAUAUUUUAGAUAAUGCAGUUAGAUUUUGUCAACAACAAAAUCUUGCUAAUAAAAUAGCAGCAUCACAAUCAAAUUCUCAUUAUAAUCAUCAUUCAUCAACAUCAUUACCUAGUAAUCUACCAGCUUUUGGAACGAAUAUUCCAAGUUAUUCUUCUGUUAUAACUACAGCGGUUACUACCCAUACUUCUACCAAUAUUUAUUCGUUUGGUAGUACAGAUAUUAAUACAACACCAGUAACAACGAUGGCAACUACUAUUACAAAUACUUCUACUAUAAAUACACCUUUAAUUCAAGGUCAAUCAUAUGUAUCACCACCUCAAGCUUCUUACUAUCGUAAGACUUCAUAUAAAACUUCAGGAACUGGUCGACCUAGAGGAAGACCGCCCAACACCAAUAAAUUUAUGCAAAAUUAUCAACAACCAAGUAGUACUGCAAAUAAUUUGAAUCAAUUUGGUGCAGCUAAAACAAAUUUUGCAAAUAGUUACUUAGGAGCAUCAGGAAAUCAACCACUACUUAAUCCGUACUUUAUAAAUCCUCUGAUUGAUCAAAAUAUGAUAUCAACAUUAUUCACAGCAGGUCUGGCUAGUAAUAUGUUAGAUUCUCUUUCAACAGCUAACUAUCUCAAAAGCUUAGGUAAUUAUCAUGAUAUUUUUCGCCACUAUCAAAAUAAUUUGUCAUCAAUAAGUAAUUCUCUAACGUCUUCUUUUAAUAAUUCUACCAUGAGUUUGCCUAAUACAACAAUGAGUGAUAGUAUUGUAUCAUCAAAUAUUAGCUCUGGAAUGCAGAAAAUGAAUAGUAUGACAACUCAAUCGUCAUUAAAUUUAAAUGCAUCUUCCGCAACUACAGGAGGUAUUACUAAUACUGCAUCGAUUUCUAAGAAUAUGACAAAUAGUGUCGCUACUGCUGUUUCAAGUAACAAUGCUAGUUCUGCGAACACGAGUACUUCUAUUGGUGCAUUGAGUGCAGCAUUAAGUAAUACUACAUCAGCAGCGACUAUAACUACAGCAUCAAGAGCAGCAAAUAUUUAUUCAAGUGGCAAUACAAUACCACAUAAUAUUUCAAUAACUCCAGUUACUACGAUAAAUAGUCAAUCUAAAUCACAUAAAUCUUUAAAACAUGACAUGUCAAAUCAUCCUACUGAUUCAAUGUCUGGAGCUAAUACAAAAGCUAUUCAUCAUUUAAAAACAAUGCCGCAAUCUGGAAUGACUCAAGUAUCGCUGUUAAAACCAUCAGUAUUGCAGUCAAAUAAAAUACCUACAAAGCAAAUGUUACAAACGGCUAGUGGAACAGGAUCAGGAGCAACACCAACAAUAACAACAUCAACAUCUUCCGAAUUUACUGGUCAAAUUCGUGUUGCCAAAAACUUGACUGAACCUAUUCAUAGUUCUUCUUCAAGAUUAACGUGCUCAAAAAACUCUAGUCCAUCAAGUAUUACGGCUAAUCUAUAUUCAUCCAUUUCUAGUGGUUUACAAAAUCCUGACAUAAAUAUUAAACCAGUUCCUGCUGGAAUACCUCGUAUGAGUAAUACUGGUACAUCAUUGCAACAUAAAUUACAAUUGAAAAAACAAUCACAGCAAAUACAACCUCCUCAACAAAGUAUAAGAAAACAAAAGAUUACAAAUAAUAAAUCUUUAAACAGUCAUUCAUCUUUGGCAAACACCUAUCAAAGUAAUUUACCGAAUAUUAAUACAUCAGCUAGAACAAUCAUGAAUACUACCUUUUCAUCUAAUGACUUGAGUGAAAUAUCUAUAAGUCCAGUUAGUAAUUUAGAUAGUGCUGAAAAUUCACUCAUCAAGUAUCAUCAUAAUCGUCAUCAACAUUAUCCUAAUGUAAAAAAAUCACCAGUUAAAUUCAACAAACCAACAUUGUCAACAGAAAUAGCAGAUUCAAUGCAAUCGUGUUUACCACCUCAUGCUUCUAGUGUAAUAUCCAAUGCAACGACUGAAACUUUAAAUAUGUUAUCACAACUCCAGCAACAUUCACACUUGGAAAUAAUUCCACAAUCAAAAAAUUUAAAUACCAAAGUGAUGCCUGAAUAUUCAAAGAAUAAAUCACAUUCGUUGAAUGCCAUACCACCAACUUCUGUUCCUUCAAGUUCAGAAUCAAUGCCUAAAGCAUUUGAGUCACUAUUAUCAACAAAUUCUUCCAAGAAACCUGAAAAAAACAUAAAAGAUAGUGUGGAAAUAAUAACAUUAGACGAUUAGAUGUAUAUUUUAAUUUAUAAACUUGUUAUUUAAUA